AUGAACCUGCAGAGCAACGGCCUGUCUGUUCAGUGGUACCUGAAGUCCAAGCCGGUUGGAAAGGUGAGGCGGCGUGUACAGGAGUUGAAAAACCCAUCUGUGUCCCUGGUGUCGGGCGACGUUGACCUCAGCCACAACGAGAGCACCAGAUUGGCCAUGGACGCCUUGCUGAACCAGGGAUUGGACAUGUACCAGGAAGUACUGGCCGGAGAGGGCGAGGUGGACUUCCUGUCCAAGGAGGAGAAAGGUUAUAUCCUGGAGAACACUACAGACCUGAGCACCAGCAGUCUGUGUGGGACGGAGAACGACGACCAGGCAGAGGGCCCCACCACCUCUUCCCAGACAAACACCUAUUGUCCAUCGGUGUUGGAGAGCGAGCCCCCUGGCUUGGACCAUGGCUGGCCGGCAGAGGACUGGAGCUACCGCCUGCAGGGUGAACCCAGUGUCGAGGUCUACUUCCAGUCUGAUAGAGCAGCCAGCAUGAAAGACCUGCUCAGAGAGUUUAUCAGCAAGGCCACAAUGGUUCUGGCCAUUGUAAUGGACACAUUCAGUGAUGUGGAGAUGUUCUGUGACAUCCUGGAGGCAACCAGGAAGAGGAAUGUGUCUGUCUACCUGCUCCUGGACCAUAUCAACCUGCAGGUCUUUGUCAAGAUGUGUGAGACACUACAGAUCAACAGUAAUCACCUCACUAAAAUGUCGGUCCGUAGUAUACAAGGAGAGACGUAUUGUGCAAAGUCUGGAAGGAAACUCACUGGACAGAUCAAAGAGAAGUUCAUGAUCAUUGACUGCACUUUAGUGCUGGCUGGAUCAUACAGUUUCACCUGGCUGUCCUGGCAGGUCCACAGAAGUCUGGCUGUGCUCUUCAAGGGCAGCGCGGUCAAGCCAUUCGACCUGGAGUUCAGGAAGCUCUAUGCCAGCUCCAAGCCUGUGCCAGCCUUCCUCACCGUGGCAACGGAGUUCAAUCUUCCCAGGCCGCUUAUCACCCAUCAAGCAGCAGCCACCUCAACCCCACUGACAAACCUUCCUUGCCCCAGUGCUGGUACCACGACCCAGAACAGAUACUUCAACAACCAGGCUAUGGAUCAACCAACCACCACAGUUGUGCCCAGAUUCAACACUCAAUCUACUGUUCAACCAACCACCACAGCCCAGCUCAGAUACUCUAGCCAAAACCCAACGGUUCAGCUAACUACAACCACCCAGCAAAGACACCCCAACACUCAGCCAACAGCACCACCAGCCUCCCAGCAGAGACACCCCAACACUCAGCCAACAGCACCAACAACCUCCCGGCAGAGACACCCCAACACUCAGCCAACAACCUCCCAGCAGAGACAACCCAACAUUCAGCCAACAGCACCACCAACCUCCCAGCAGAGACACCCCAACACUCAGCCAACAGCACCACCAACCUCCCAGCAGAGGUACCCCAACACUCAGCCAACAGCACCACCAACCUCCCAGCAGAGACACCCCAACACUCAGCCAACAGCACCACCAACCUCCCAGCAGAGGUACCCCAACACUCAGCCAACAGCACCACCAACCUCCCAGCAGAGGUACCCCAACACUCAGCCAACAGCACCACCAAUCUCCCAGCAGAGACACCCCAACACUCAGCCAACAGCACCACCAAUCUCCCAGCAGAGACACCCCAACACUCAGCCAACAGCACCACCAACCUCCCAGCAGAGACACCCCAACACUCAGCCAACAGCACCACCAACCUCCCAGUGCUUGGUGAAUCAGUCUUACUACACAGGUCCCCGGAGCAACAGGUUUGACUGGAUCACACAGAGACACACUGCAACCAGGCCUGUCCUGUUCCAGAGAACCUUCUCCAGUGAUUAUAGUACUGGAGACAACCUGACCUGGCGACCCUUUAACAGCAAUUACCUUCUUUAUGGAGGGACAACCGGCUUGUUGGACAGACACCCACUUCUCAAGACUGGCCAGUGGUUUACUGUUCCUAAAUAACUGAAAUGGCAUCAUACUGAAAUUUGACAGUACACCCUGUUUGAGGUAAAUUAUGUUCUCACAACUGAAAAUGGGCACGUAACCUUCAUAGAGUAAAUGUGCCUGUUUGGCUUUGCUUGAUGCCUGGAGUACAGGAGUAGUACUUCAAUCACAUCAUUGUCUGCCUUCAGGCUGAGAGCUUUGUGUUCCAGCACAUGUUAAUUCAAUGGAAUAAAAACAACAUGUCACAGACAUGAAUUCCUCUUCCACCCAUCAACCCUGAUAGAAGCACACUGAGUGACAGCCUAGUGAUGUGUGCUACGCUUAGCCAAGGGCCGGGCCUCUUAACAAACAUACCUUCUGACAAAUCUUCUGAUCCAUACACUGUCAAGCCCGAGGUAAUGCAGAAUGGCAAAUCAAAAGUUUUCUAAAA